CAGCAAAUCAAAACAAGUCAAUCCUCCCAAGAUGUUCAAGUUCUUCGCCGUCGCCCUCUUCGCUCUGAUUGCCUGCGUGGCUGGCAAGCCCGGAAUCGUGGCUCCUCUGGCCUACUCCGCUCCUCUGGUGGCUGCUGCUCCGGCGGCUGCUGUCUACAGCCGGGAAUACCACGGAAACUUCGCGGCUCCCUACGUGGCAUCCCCCUACGUGGCCUCUCCCUAUGUGGCUUCUCCCUACGUGGCGUCUCCUUAUGUUGCAUCUCCCUAUGUGGCUGCUCCCUACACCGCUCCUCUGCUCCUGAAGAAGUAGAAAGGACCAUCAAGGCUUUACUGGAUACAAAAGGACAA